UAUAUAACAAAUAAUUUGAGCUACAUGUCAUGGCGGGGAGAGUGUUCCAACGAUGUGUCAGAGACGUUCCUCAUCUCAAACUCAACCACAUUCAAGUAGCUACAAAGAUGACCAACCCACUGAAAAAGAGAAAGAAAGUGAAGGUAGACACGACGUUCACUGAGAAGGGCGAGAAGAUACCACUGAGGAGUCAGAAGAAGCCUGAGCGUUCACCUGAAGAAGAUGUUCAGUACCGAAGAGCUGAAAUUGUCUCCAAUAUGAAGCAGAGCAAGGCUUGGAUAACCCAUGAACGGAAGACAUGGUUGUACAACAGGUUCAUAAACGCUUUUCACAUCUUCGCAGUUGCAGCAUGCGGACUGUUUGCGAUAAAUGUCUACCACGAGAUGAAAGGAAAGUACAAAAUGUACGUCUUCUCCCAGAAAGUAGCAGCGGAUCUGGCGGAGGAACUGGGCAUGGAUGCGCCACCCAAAAGAAAACCCAAAAAAGAGAAGAAAUCCCCCGGUAUCCACCCAAUCGAGUAUUACUACAAGGACGCUCCAGCAACGGAGACUACAGAAUGAGAGUUGGUCCAGAGAAUUUGUUACAGACACUAGGAGAAGAGGAAUCAUGGUGCUAGUACAAUGAUCAUCAUGUUUAACGACCCUCUAAAUACACAUCCCAUCGAACUGUUUUAUUUGUUUUCUGGUUAAGUGAUUGGUAUGAUAUGUUUGCUAAAAUGGACCGAGGUAAAUUAUUGGUUGGUUUGUUACAGUGACCCAACGUUAAGAUGUAACUUUUUGUGAAAGUAACCUUCAAAUUGUGAUGCUUUUUUACCACAUUUUGUUGAACAAA